CACAAACAAAACAGUUAACUGCAAUCUUCCGGGGAGGUCCGAGCCAAGGUCCGACUCAGUGCAUAUUUUUUGUUGAUUUUGUAUCUGCUGGCUAAAAACUGAUUUUCUAUAUAAACAACAGUGAAAUAAUAAUGGAAAAUAAAUAGUGUUUCGCCGAAAUGAUUCGAGAAACUUUGUUUGUUGUAUUGUGUACCGUAAUUCACAAUGUUACUUGUCUUAAUUCCUUUCUCUACAUGAAUAUCUUCAACAGUGGUUUUCAUAGGGAAGUCCACUACACACUCAAGUUCGGCGGAAUAGGUCGGAUGUCGUGUGAACUUAUGCUCCUUCAGCAAUUUCCUGCCGCCAUGUAUGUCGAUACCGAUCAGUUAACCAAUCUUAAAAAAUUUAAAAAGAUCAAUAGUUAUGUGCCGUUGUAUGUGGAUGUGGAGAAACCGGCCAGCAAAGCAAGUCCAUUUUCAUUGUAUCUGUUCGAUACAGUGCGGAGGGAAGUUAAUAUUACCCUACCUAUACACUUCCGGUACCACGACCCUUCGGAGAGAAAAUUCGAACGGGUCCAAAUUGAAAGUCCUACUCUAUUUGUCCAGUGUCGAGGACCGAACACAAAAACCCUGUUGAAGUCGACGGGGAUCGUUCGUUAUCCCUGUCAGAGCAGUGCCCAAAUCUACGAUUACGAUAAACUCGGCGAGGCAGAGUACUGCGACUGGCAAGAGGUGGAGUUUAGUAAUGUACCGACUGUGAUUAGUGUGCUCAUCCCAGUUGGCAACAGUGCGUCGUACAAAUUCGUGCUGCCCGCCACCAUUCUCGUCAGCUGGAUCGGUAGCAUGUAUCUGAUAUACAUCAUCAUCAAAUCGGGUAAACGUAUAAACAAAAAACUUUUGUGACGAGAUCUCAAAUAAAACCAAGAUUUAUGAUAA